UGAGUCAUUUGUCUUCCUGCUUCUUUGCUCCAUGUUAGUCAUUUACUCUCAGUGGCAGAGCAUGCUGGCACUUGACUCAGAAACAUUAAAUUAGUGGCUCUAUUUUUGUUUGUCUGACUCACCUCUCUACAUUCCACCCUGCUAUGUAAUACAGCACCCUGGUACCUUUAAUGAUAUAUAUAUUUCUUUAUUUUUUGUGACCUGGGGAGAUGUGUGAAGUUCCUGGCAGGAGUCCAGAUGUCCUGGAACUAGAUUUCAACUGAGAAGCUGAGAUUACAUCUCUUCAGAAAUGGAAUGGAGCGGAUCAUGAGACUGGCACACAGAAGCACAAAUACAGGAUAACUUUGCAAUUUCUGCAGAACCAGAUGGUUUAGUUCAAGGUUGCCAAAGAAAAGGCUGUUAACAGGAAGUGCAAAAGGACAGGUACAGCUACUAGUUUCACGAAAUGCCUUUGGAGACAAUCCAGCGCCCUGUGAGGCAACCGGAGAGGACUGCUGCAGCUGCUACGCCCCCACGCCUGCGGCCCAAGGGGCCAGUAGGGCCGGACUUCUACCGGCAAUUCAAGACAGCAGCAGGCAGACCAAAGCAGAGUGCAGUGGAGAGGCUGGAGGCCGACAAGGCUAAAUAUGUCAAAAGUCAGGUGGCUCUUUCUAAACAGCAGCCGGUCAGGCCUCCGGAGGUCCGUAAGCCUCUGCUGAACCCCAGCUCUGCUCUGCAGCCCACCAGAAAGACGCCAACCCAAACAAAGACAAAACAGGAGGCAGUCCAGCUGGACUUGGAGCAUCUCAGUAACCUGAUCAGUGGAGUGAAUGAUGGUGCUGCUGCCAACUCAGAUGACAGAGAAGGUCAUGUUGGUCCUGUGACUUCACACAGCUCUCCUCACCCCACGCCCGCAGGGGGGCAACAGAAAAUGGAGAGACCGCGUCCUCCCCCUCGCCCUGACUGGUCCAGUCCAGCUAAGGUGAGAUUGAAAGCCUCCGGGCCUGCCAGGGUGGAGAGUCCUGGUUCUCCGGGGACUCCAGCUGCAGGGACUGUCCGCAGAGUGGACGUCAUGCCUCAGACCGGCCCUGUGAGGACGCCCUGCAGGCCGCCUCAGUACAUCCGGCAGCCCCUUCAGCCGAUUCCUUUACACUCCCAGUUCCCACUCCGCCCGGCCACUUCACAGCUGCGUCUCUUCCACACCAGGACAACUCCACGUCCUUCUCCUCUGAAACCUGUCGUUGCUCCAUCUAAACCUGAUGACUCAACCUCCACUCCAGCUGAAACCCCUGACCCUGCUGCAUCUCCCCCCAUCCUCAAGUUUCUUGCCCCUCCCUCACCAGCAAUCACCCGUUUGUCCUCCACCAGCUCCAGGAAACGGCCCUCUCUCACCCGGUCCAAGUCGGACAUGAGUGACCGCUGCUCCCGGGCCGGCACUGAGCUGGAGCGCUUCUUCAACCUGUGUGGUUUGGACGCUGCAGACCUGCAGCAGUGGACUGGAUCUAGUUCUGACAUUGUUUCCAUGGCCCGUUUCCGCAGCGUGAGCGCUCCGGGCUCUGAGUGUGCAGGCUCCGACAAAGACAAUGGAGAUGAUGAGGAGGAGGAUGCUGGCAAUGCUGCAGAGCGUGUUCCCUACGGGGUUUCUGUCAUUGAGAGGAAUGCAAGAGUGAUCAAAUGGCUCUAUGGACUCCGUCAGGCCAAAGACACUAACGGUAAAAGCACCGAUUUAUAGGAUGCUGUUAGAUUUAAAACAUGAGUGACAAAAUCAAUGUCAAAAUUGCAAAAGUGGCAGGAUCCCAUGACUAAUGUCUCACAGUGAUAGAUGCGAGCUGUCUGCCCACAAAUCACUUCCAUUUGUUUGUUUCUAUUGUUUGUUUUUUUAAUUAUUAUUUUUACAAAAUUAGAAAUUUGAUGAAAAAUAUGCUACUGAAAAGCAGGGUUAUAUUUACUCUGAAAAAAAGUCUCUUUUUUUAAUUAUUUAGUUAUUUUACUUUAAAAAAAAAGUUCUGUCAUGUGUAUUUGGAAGAGUCAUCUCUGGUUGCAAUCACGUCAAUGAACGGCAUUAAAGGUUGA